CCACUUUAAGAGGUUUGCGGGCUUGCGACAUGGCAGAAGCAAAUUUUAAAAUGGUUUUGGAACCUGCCGCCCAGGGGGUGGCUGAAGAGGAGAUGGCUAAUUCGGCUAGUGAUUCCGGGGAAGACUCUGACAGCAGUAGCUCUAGCAGCAGCACUAGUUGCAGCAGCAGCGGCAGCAGCAGUAGUUGCAGCUGCAUAUAUAGAAAGAGGAGGGUGCCUGAGCCUUCCAGAAGGGCGCGGCGGGCUCCGUCGUGUACAAAUUUCGUGGAUAGGCUGCCUCAGGCAGUUAGAAAUCGCGUGCAGGCGCUCAGAAAUAUUCAAGAUGAAUGUGACAAGGUAGACGCCCUGUUCUUAAAGGCAAUUCAUGAUCUUGAACGAAAAUAUGCUGAACUCAAUAAGCCUCUAUAUGAUAAGCGAUUUCAAAUCAUCAGUGCAGAAUAUGAGCCCACAGAAGAAGAAUGUGAAUGGAAUUCAGAGGAUGAGGAGUUCAGCAAUGAUGAGAAGGUUCAGGAUGACAUCCCCAGUGAAGUGCCUCCCUUAGAGAGUGAGGAAGAAACAGCCCCCAAAGAAAAACCGGAGGUAAAGGCUGAAGAAAAGGAGGUUCCUCAAGAAAAUGCUAGGGAAAAUGCUGAUUAUAUUGAUUGGAUGGAGGUAACGCCUGAGGUAAAAUAAGAUCCCAAAGAAGUCCCCCAGGGAAAGGCUGGUAAAGAACAGCCUAAAGCAACAGAGGCUAAGGCAGGGGGUGCAAUAAGAGAGGCUCAUAAAAGAGUUCCUGAGGAAAGUCUUAAAGAAAGAGUGAAUCUUAAAAGAGCUCGGAAGGGAAAGCCUAAAAGAGAAGAUCCUAAAGGCAUUCCUAACUAUUGGAUGAUUGUUUUAAAGAAUGUUGACAAGCUUGGGCCUAUGAUUCAGAAGUAUGAUGAGCCCAUUCUGAAGUUCUUGUCCGAUGUCAGCCUGAAGUUCUCAAAACCUGGCCAGCCUAUAAGUUACACCUUUGAAUUUCAUUUUCUACCCAAUCCAUACUUCAGAAAUGAGGUGCUGAUGAAGACAUACAAAAUAAAGUCCAAACCAGAUCACAAUGAUCCCUUCUUCUCUUGGGGAUGGGAAAUUGAAGAUUGCAAAGGCUGCAAGAUAGAUUGGAGAAGGGGAAAGGAUGUUACUGUGACAACCACCCAGAGCCGCAAAACUGCUACUGGAGAAAUUGAAAUCCAGCCAAGAGUAGUUCCUAAUGCAUCAUUCUUCAAUUUCUUUAGUCCUCCUGAGAUUCCUAAGAUUGGAAAGCUGGAGCCACGAGAAGAUGCUAUCCUUGAUGAGGACUAUGAAAUUGGUCAAAUUUUACAUGAUAAUGUCAUCCUGAAGUCAAUCUAUUACUAUACAGGAGAAGUCAACAAUACCUACUAUCAGGAUGGCAGAGAUUAUGGAAACAGGAAAUACUGAACAUACAAAAGAAGCUGUCUGAAAGAUUUUUAAGGAUCUUAAAAAUUCAAGCAGAAGUGAAGCAGGUUCAUAUAGCCUUGAAAAAAGAAAAGAAAGAAAACCUGCCAUAUAACCUGAACAUUCCUUACAGUCUUGUGUUUUCAUAUUCUUUCGGUACUUUGUUUAAAAAAAUCAUCUUAAAAAGUGUCUGGGUAUCAGUUUAUUCUAUCUAGCCUUUUGUAGUGUAACAUUCUUCAAAAUAUGUAAACUGCUGUCCAUUAUCUAAAGCAUGUUAGUUUGGUACUACAGAGUGUUGAUUUUUGUGAAGUCCUUUUGUCAUGUUCCUAUUAGAUUUUAGCUGUGAAAACUGUCAGAAUUGUUAACUGAAACAAAUAUUUGCUUGGAAAAAAACAAAGUUCCUGAAGUACCAAUGCAAGUGUUUUUUGGUGUUUUUUUUUUUUUUUUUUUUUCUUUUUCUUUUUCCAGCCCAGAAGACUAAGGGUUUAAAUCUUCUUGCACUAGCUGUGCCUUUAUUACUUGAUUACUUUGCUGUAGAAAUACAGUACUUAUACUAACGAAAACUGUGCAUUCUGAAACUGGACUGCUUGAAAAAAAGAUUAGCAUACAUUUAAGAAUGUCUGUCAAGAUCACAUUUGAUACAACUGUGAGCUUGUUUAUGUUACAUAGUGGUCUAUAAAUUUAGUCAUAAUAUUGUUUACCACUACGGUGUUAAUAUGACUUAGUAUUUUAAGAAAAGUUUCCUUAUAGUGUGUAAUUGUAAACUGAAGAUACCACAUUUUUAUUGUAAUAUGUUCUACUUUGCCUUUCACUGAAAGUGAUCACUUUACAUAAUUUGAUACUUUUUUUAUGUUCUUUUACUGCAACCUAAAAUAAAUAAAUGUCAAAUAAAGUGUGUCAUGCUAUAAAAA